GUCCCAUCCUUAGUGUAUGAUCCCAUUCCCACCAUCCACCAACGAACUCGAUAUGACCCACAGCCGGCGCCUACAACUACGGGGUCAAAGAACCGUCGAAGUCAUAAUCCCCGUAGGGCACUCAUAUGAGACGCGAUGCCAAGAAGCCAAGGAAGACAGCACGUCUGUAGGCUCACAACUCAACCCACCCCGCAUUGCAUUCUGUAUGGCCCGUUUGGAUGGAGGACAAAGUCAUACGGAAAUGGUGCAAAUGCGGGUGGUUGAUUUAACUACAAAAGUGAAGGAGGCCCGCUGUCGGCAUCUUCUCUUGGUGAAUACCAUUAGAACAACAAUCGCAUGCUAGUGCUCCUUGACGACGGACAUCCUCCGAAUAAAAUCAUGACUUCCGCUCAGCCCGACAGCUAUGCCAAAGGACCAACCCUUGAAUCCAACGCACCCAUGAACCCAGGCUAUCAGUUACCGAUCGAGUUACACUGGGUGAACUGGUCGUGGCGCCGUUCGCUGCUAUAUACGGCUGGUGGGAUCCUCAUUGGGGCUCUCGUCGGACUUAUCGUCGGGUUGAUAGUGCGGUUCGCGUGAUGGCGUUGACAGUUGAUAUGGCACAUACUGUGUAUGAUGUGCUUGGUGUUUAUACCCCAGACGUGUAAAAAUCGCGUUAACAUUCUUGUUUCAUCGCUAUCGUUUCGUUAGCGCCGCAUUUCAACUUCUCUAUGUACCCGAAUCGCUAACGAUGCGACCGGUGACUUAUACCCGAGGGUCACGACUCCGAUCGGACCACGUGGGAUCGGUGAGUUUAGACCUUCUAUUGAAGCAAUUAGCAUAUUUAGCAUUUCUGCCAUGAUCUAACGUUAAAUAGGUUUGAACACCCCAAUGAUGUAGUAGCAGGUUGAGGUGGAAAAUAAAUCCGAUAGUUGGAUUGCCUAUUUGGGUAGUACCUUCAACCCAGUGCCAAUCUCACCCCAAGAACACGGCGAUCAAUUACAACAUGUACAAUAAAUCCGGCGAUCC